GCUCGUGCUUCUACAAGGUGUCUAUAAAAUGAAAAUCUACCAUGAUUGGGUUAAAAAUAAUAAGGAAUUUCAUUAAAGCCCCUUCAAUUCGAUUUAUAAUGACUGCCGCUGACUGCAAACCAUUUACUGUUCUCGUUGAGGGAAACAUAGGCAGUGGCAAAACUACAUUCCUCGAGCAUUUUCGUCAGUUUGAAGAUAUCACUUUGCUAACAGAACCAGUAGAAGAAUGGAGAAACCUGCACGGAUGGAAUCUCUUAGAUUUGAUGUAUAAGGACCCUGCCAAGUGGGCUAUGACCUUCCAAGCUUACGUAUCCUUAACCAUGUUGGAGAUGCACCGUAGACCAACCCGUACCCCUGUGAAGUUAAUGGAACGAUCAAUUUUUAGUGCUAAAUAUUGUUUCGUAGAACAAAUGAAGAGGUUAGGAACAUUGCACCCUGCGCAGUUUGCUGUUCUCGACGAAUGGUUCAACUUCGUAAAUCGCGAGAUACCAGUCGAUACUGAUCUUAUAGUUUACCUAAAAUCCACACCAUCAAUAGUAUACGAAAGGAUAAAGAAGAGGGCACGCUCAGAGGAGCAGUGUGUGCCAUUGGAUUAUAUUGAACAAUUGCACAAACUACAUGAAGACUGGCUUAUAAACAGAACCCACGCUGAGUGUCCCGCACCAGUUUUGGUCCUUGAUGCAGAUCUGGAUUUAUCUCAAAUAACUGAAGAAUACAAGAAAAGUGAACACCAAAUACUUAAAAAGGCUGUGGAUGUGGUCAUGCAAUCACCAAAUAAGCUAAGCCCAAAAAAACCUGUCAUGGGUUCGGCUAUAAAGAUAGUACCUCAAAUAAGACUUUAAUAUUAAUUUAAUUGACUAAUUUAUGUUUUAAUAUAAGUAUUAUAUUGCUAAGAAGUUGGUUUUGACAAAAAAGGAAGAUAUAGGAAAAA